AAUGAGGGCUGGAGGGGGUUGCUGCUUGGCACUGCCCAGGUGCUUCAGCUGCCCUUCCUGGCUCCUUCACAGGACAGCUCAAGUUCUGUUGGAUCAGGGGAAUUCACAGGCGUGAAGGAACUAGACGACAUCAGCCAGGAGAUCGUCCAGCUGCAGAGAGAGAAGUAUUCUUUAGAGCAAGAAAUCCGAGAGAGGGAAGGGGCAAUCCGCCAGAAAACCAGCGAAGUCCAGGAACUGCAGAAUGACUUGGACCGGGAGACCAGCAGCCUGCAGGAGUUGGAAGCCCAGAAGCAGGAGGCUCAGGGCCGUCUCGAUGAAAUGGACCAGCAGAAGGCCAAGCUACGGGACAUGCUGAGUGAUGUCCGACAGAAGUGCCAGGAGGAAACCCAGGUGAUUUCAUCACUGAAAAUGCAGAUCCAGUCCCAAGAGUCGGAUCUGAAGUCCCAGGAGGAUGACAUCAGUCGGGCCAAAGCAGAACUGAACCGUUUGCAGCAGGAGGAGACUCAGUUGGGGCAGAGCGUCCAGGCUGGGAAGGUCCAGCUAGAGACCAUCAUCAAGUCGCUGAAAUCCACUCAGGAGGAAAUCAACCAGGCCAGGAGCAGACUCUCCUGGCUUCAGGAGAGCCACCUGGAAGCCAGCCGGUGUGUUGACCAGUACAACGAGGUACCCAAUGGAGUUCACCAGGGUGGCAGCAUGACGAAUCUGGCUGAUGUCAGUGAAGGGAACCUCCAAAAAGACCAAGGUGGCUUCGGAGUUUUGGAUGACCCGUUCAAGAACAAGGCCCUCUUGUUCAGCAGCCCAAGUACUCAGGAGCUUCCUCCAGACCCUUUCCAUGCUGAAGACCCUUUCAAAGGCAGUGACCCGUUCCAGAAUGACCCUUUCGCAGAACAUCCCCCAGCAGCAUCAGAUCCAUUUGGGGGAGAUCCCUUUGAAGAAAGUGACCCAUUCCGGGCUACUGCGACUGAAGAUUUCUUUAAGAAGGUCGAGAAGACUGAUCCGUUUACUUCAGAUCCGUUCUUGCAAAACCCCACACUGCCUUCCAAACCAAACUUCUUUGAGAAUGACGAUCCUUUCUCAUCCUUAAGCGCCUCCUCGUCCAAAGUGCCAGAUCUUUUUGGUACCCUGGACGCCUUUGGCAGCAGCACCUUCAGCGGCGGAGGGGGCAGUGGUGGCAGCGAAGGCUUUGCGGAUUUCAGUCGCAUGUCCAAGCCUCCAGUCUCUGAUCCAUUCUCAUCCUCCUCUUUUGGGGGAACUGGGUUCCCAGAUGACCCUUUCAAGAGUCAAACAGACACUCCUGCCCUCCCACCAAAGAAGAACAUGCCCCCAAGGCCCAAGCCGACCAGUGGUGAGUCAUCCUCUCUUGGGGAGACCCUUGGCUAUGCCAGUCUCCCUCCUCCCUCCCCACUCUUUUGUGCUUUACACUGGCAGGGCAGCCAUGCUUAGAGGAACUGUGGGGAAUAAUGUGAGGUGGUGUGGAAAUCUGUGAAG